UGUAAAUAAAGAUUUAGCAUAAACGUACUUGGAGCAUCUCAAGUGGGGUCGACUUUCGUUUAUGUUUAAAAAAUUUAACUGGUGCAAUGGACGCUACAUCAUAAAUUCCCAGUACAAUAAUGCAUUGCAUUUAGUGUUUGGUUAGGUAUACGUAGAUUGCCCGUUAUUGAUAUAAAUUUACACAUUACUGUUAAAAUGACAGAGAAGUAAACAAUUCUAUUUGUUUGUACAUUUUUGUGUCAAAACUGAUUUUAGUUGGACAUAUGACUAACUACAGACAAAAACUUGUAUUUUCACUGUUGUAUUUUAUAAGAAUAUCUGCACAGAUAGUCUGCUUUAACUUCUCGAGGAAGUUCCCGCCCUCAUUUGCGCUGAAUGGUCUGUUUAUUAAGGAAGUAAUGCAACGCCGCGUUUCAACUGGCUAACACGCAUCACGUGACAUAAGGAGUGCAACCAAGUUUUGUUUGCUUGCUGAUAUGUAACUCGCUGGUUAGGGUGAGUUCUUGUUCGAUUGUAUUUACAAAUCAAGCAACUUUUUAAAAGCAGAAUCACGAUUCAGUAUUAUAUUUUAUAUUAUAUAUCAAUGUUUGCAGCUGACUUGCUAAUAUCCUUCACGGAACGAACCUGCGGAGCACUUGGGACUUUACUCACAUGACCGUGACAGAGGAGACUGCAACUUCAUUUUGAACAACUUCAAUGUUUUCAUUGAUUUUACGCAGUCUUGAAUGAUAUAAGUGGUUUCUUGAAUAGCAUUUAGCUGAUCACGCAUCCGGACUAACGCCAGAAUCUCGUUACAUGCAUUACAGGCAUUGCCUAAGAUUAGGAGUGCAGUUAAGCGGGUUCAGCGAAUCAGAGCCCAAAUCAUCCCAAUGGCUCAGAACUGCAGUGCAUCCUCCACGCAGAAAGAUGGCCGUGUUACAGCAGCUAUUCUCAUCAUUGGAGAUGAGAUCCUCAAGGGUCACACUGUCGACACUAACAGUGCCUUCCUGUGCCGUGGACUUCGCAAGCUUGGUGUCACCAUAGAGCGCAUCACUGUGGUACCUGACGUCCAGGAAGUCAUCGCUAAAGAAGUGGCCCAGCUUUCGUCCUCCGUUACUCACCUCAUCACAUCUGGUGGCAUCGGUCCCACUCAUGACGAUGUCACUUUUGAAAGUGUCGCUAUGGCAUUUAACGAAAGUCUGCAUGCCCAUCCUGAGCUGACAAAGCUAGUGGAGAGUUUCUUUGGCACGGUCACUCCUGACAGCUCCCCCAUGAAACUCGCCAUGGUCCCCGUUUCUGCCAAACUCAAUUUUGGCAUAGACCCUCAGACAGGCCAGCGAAAUCGCUUCCCUCUUGUCAGUGUCCACAACGUAUACAUAUUUCCCGGCAUCCCCUCUUUGCUGGAACGGUCGUUCAAUGGACUUAGCCAUCUGUUUUCAGGUUCUGGUAUCACCUUUCACACCCGUGAGGUGUUUGUGAAUGCGGAUGAGACUGAGAUCGCCCAGAGUCUCACAAAACUGCAGGCAGGUUGGGGGAAGAGUGUCUCUCUGGGCUCUUACCCAGACUGGCUCAGUAAUUAUCAUCGUGUCCGACUGGUUCUGGACUCAGACAGUGCCGAGGUGGUGGAACGGGCACAAAAACAACUGAUAGAAGAGCUACCCAAAGGAUCUGUGGUUCCUCUCAUCACUGACUCGGUGUCAGUCGCAACUGAAGAGGUGUACUCGCUCUCAAAAAGUGAGACACUGCUGGGGAAGAAAGUAGCUGCAGCAUUGGGGAUCAUUGAGACGGCGCUGGAUAGAUACUCUGCUGAUGAGCUUUGUGUUGGCUUCAACGGUGGCAAGGACUGCACAGCUCUACUGCAUUUAUAUUAUGCUGCUCUAAAACGGCGGUAUCCAGAUCGUAAAGACAGAUUAAAAGCUCUGUAUAUUCGAAUUGUCUCCCCUUUUCCAGAAAUGGAGAGGUUUUUGCAAGAUACAAUUAAAAGAUAUGACCUGGAGCUGAUCUCAGUGGAGGGCAGUAUUCGGCAGGCUCUGAAUGAGGUCCAGGAAAGGAGGCCGGAUUUACGGGCCGUCCUGAUGGGAACAAGACGGACCGACCCUUAUUCAGAGACGCUGACCUCCCUUUGUCCCACAGACCCGGGCUGGCCUGAUUACAUGAGGGUCAACCCACUGCUGGAAUGGACGUACCAUGACAUCUGGGAGUUCCUGAGAACCCUGUAUGUGCCCUACUGUAUUCUGUAUGACAAAGGAUACACUUCUUUAGGCAGUAUGGAUAACACAUGCAGGAAUCCAUCUCUUAAAGUGGUGGAUGAGAAAGGUGUGACCCGCUAUAUCCCUGCCUACAAGCUGGAAAAUGAGGAGGAGGAACGCAACUCCAGGGAAUGACUGACUUCUCUAAACAAACUCGUCUUAAUAUUUUAAGACACAAUGUACAACUAAAGACAUUUUGAAGAAGGAACAGAAUCUGAAAUUCUUUCAGAUAAAUACUUCUUGAAAAACCUGUAGUUCGUGUUGAGUGUCCGUCCACUGAUGUAGCUGUAGGAAAGCGAUAUCACUGCUGUAUUUAAGAUUGAUAAAAACAGUAUCAAAGUGUCUUGUUAAUUUUUUUUACAGUGUCUUGUUUACUUUUUUCCUGGUUUUAUCUGUGGGCACCAUCAUGAUUUGUGUUUUGUAUUUUACCUUUGAAAAACGAGUUACCGUCUGGGCUGGAAUUUGCUUAGCACAUCACUGGCAGCAACUUCAUCCUAGUUUUUACGUUAGAAAACAGGAGGAACUAGUUAAAAAUAAUUUAAUUAUGUAGUGUUUCAUUUAAAUGAACAUCUAAAAACUCGA